AUGCCCUCGUGUCCCUUUUGUGAGAACUCCGGAGCUGCCGUGAGCGCAGUGGAAGAGCCCUUGGACCUCAUCAGGCUAAGUUUGGAUGAAAGAAUCUACGUCAAAAUGAGAAAUGAACGAGAGCUGAAGGGAAGGUUGAAUGCUUACGAUCAGCAUCUGAACAUGAUUCUGGGCGACGUGGAGGAAACCGUCACCACGGUAGAAAUCGAUGAAGAGACGUACGAGGAAGUCUAUCGUUCAACCAAGAGGAACAUUCCGAUGCUCUUUGUUCGAGGCGAUGGAGUCAUUUUGGUCUCUCCACCAAUGCGAGGUGGUAGCUAA